UCCUCCUGGUCUAACUGGAACCAGAUGGUGUUUUUAACCGGACCGGUCUCAGCUCCGUGCUGCGUUCACGGACCUGAUGAUAAAACCACAUAACGGAUCAAAGCCGCGGAGUUUGGAGGAGGAGGGGGUGUGUGUGAGUGUGUGUGUGUGUGCGCGCAGUGGAGGGGUGUGUGAGGAGUCAGAUGUUCGUCUCUGAAGCCACAUGAUCGUCGGAGCGACCCGCCGGAGACUUUCUCCGUUUUUCUUUAAACUUUCCAUCGUUUCCCUGAAGCGGAGGGUUCUGAACUCGGUUCCUCACUGCUGGACAGGAAACUCUGGCUUCUGUUUGGAUUCAGCGCAGAGAAAGAAACCCGCCUCGACAACUUUCACCAGGCUGCGAAGACCACUUCAAAAAGUCAGAUUCGUUUCAUCUCCAUACAGUUUGACCAGAGGUUCCAGACUGUACCAGACCUGCUGGUUUCAGCUUCUGGUCUCUGGAUUCCCCAGACCUCCAGCAGGAUCUCAGAGUCCGCCUUCUGGUCCCGGUCCUGGUCCCGGUCCCGGUCCAGACGGUGGUGAAGUGUCUGGAUGAGAGCGCCCUGCCUGCUCCUGGGGCUCGGAUAAUGAGGGUGAGGAAGAGGAGGUCAUCUUCUGGGCGGUGAGGUCCGGGUCUGGGUCUGGGUCCGGGUCCGGGUCCGGGUCCUCCGAUGCGGGGCGUGCUCCCCUCCCCCGCCGGCCUCCUCCUGCGUUCGGCCGGGACGCUGCUCCGCCGCCGCUCCUGCUCCGGCCCGCUGCUGCUGCUGCUCGGAGCCGCCAUCUGCCUCUUCUACCAGACCCUGGUCCUGGCCCGGAACCGGGCCCGGGCUCGGCCCGGCCCCCAGGAGCCCGGGACCCGGAGGCCGACCGCAGACGAGGUCCUGAUGGAGAGCCGGAGGUGGUUCUGUCGUCUGGAGGCCCUGCAGAGGGAGAACCAGGUCCAGACCCGGUCCCAGACAGCUGUGGUUCUGACGGGCCAUCUGCCGCCGUCCCACACCGAGGUCCAGCUGUACCACCGAGUCCUGCAGGAGCUGGACCUGCAGGUCCACCUGACCCGCUACGCCGAGACCAGCAGCCUGCUGCGGAGCCCGGACGGUGUGGGUGGGUGGAGCCUCCUGCUGUGCCUGAGCAGCGCCGAGCGGAGCUGCCUGAGGAGGAUCUCCUUCUCCCACCUGCAGCGCCAUCAGACGGUGAACCUUCUUCCCAGCCUGAUGGACGCGUUCUCAGACGCAGGAGGCGGUGUGUGUGCCUUCAUGGCUCGCUCCCAGCCGGCAGGCGCUGAUUUGCCAAUGAGGCCUCGUUCCUGUGGAUCAGCCAAUCAGAAGCUCCAGGUUCCUCCGGACAGUUUCUCCAGCGGGAACCCGCCUGAUCAAGCCCCGCCUCCCACUCUGGUCGCCAUGGUGAACGUGUAUGUCCUGGUGACCUCGGUGACCCCGCUCACUUCCUUCCUGCAUGACAUCAGCGUGGUGACGACCAAUCGGCGUCCGGCAGGAAGACCAGUGAAGCUCAGAGACUUCCUGCUGGAGCAGCUUGGACCGGCGACCUCCCAUGAUGCACUGGGGCAGGUGAAGCGUGUGAUAAGCGAGGUGCUGCAGGCGGCGGUGGCGUCCGGCGAGGAGAGGUGUGUUUCCUGUUUCCAGCUGCUCACCUUCAUUCUGCUCUUCAGCCGCUCCAUCACUCCUGUCGUCGUCAAGGUGGAUGCUGAGCUGACGUUUUCCACGCUGAGCGACGACGCGUUCGAGCGACAGAUCACCAGAGACCGGAUCCUGGAGGACACACUGCGCUUCCUGCUGGCGCCUGACACACACCUGGCGCCUGACACACACCUGGCGCCUGAGGCCGAGAGGCAACAGCCCGGUCCCUGCUGGAGGACUCUUGGCGUGUGCCUGUCGGAGCAUCACUUCCUGCUUCUCCUGCGGCUGCAGCAGCAGCUGAGGACGCCGUCGGCCUUCACACCGAUGUUUUGUCUGCAGCUGUUUCCCAGCAUCCCCUCCUCCUCCUCCUCCUGGCCUCCUCGCAGUCUCCCGGACCUCCUCCUGCUCCUCGUCUCGCACACCAACAGCAGCUGCAGGUCCAGCGAGGAGCCUCUGUCCCCUCCUCAUCCUCAGGAUGAAGGUGUGUGUGUGGACCCCCACCUGCGACAGAUCUACACCGCCCCCGCCCUCGCGCUGACUCCGCCCUUCAGCCCGGAGGUGAAGGAGUACCGGGCCGAGGUCUCCUUCGACACGGUGACCGUCCGGAUCCGGCCGGAGCCGUUCAGCGCCGCCUGCAGCGUGCACCUGGACGAGCACCGGGGGCCCAGGAUGGCCAACUACCCGCUGGGCCUCGGGGACAGCAGGAUCAGCAUCCUGGUGACGGACGACGCCGACCCCGCCGGGCCCGUCGCCAUGACGAUCUACACCGUCCUGGUGUCCCGGGAGAGCCGGCCCUCGCUGCCCAUGUUCGGCGACCAUGUGACCUGCGGCUUCGUGCAGGACUGUGGACUGCUGGUCCAGCCUGGGGUUCCCUGUGGUCUACAGCCUCACAUCCAGUCUCAGGGUCCGGUCCAGACCUGCAGCUCCGGACACGAGCCAGGUCGGUGGGUGGUGCCGUGUCUCAGCUGCUCUGACAACAGGACGUGUGAUUGGAGAGAGGUUGCCUGGCAACCGGACGGCUGUUCCCACCCGGUGGUGGACCGCUCUCAGCUGCAGGACUGCAUGAGGGACAGAAAGGUGCUGUUUAUCGGGGACUCGACCAAUCGGGGGAUGAUGUAUUUCCUGAUGGAGCGGGUCAACUCCAGCUUGGAGGACUGGGGAAAGGCCCACGACACCCUGAUCUACAAGAACCUGAACGAGGGCCGGACCCUGGUCGGAUACUCGUACUACCCUCAGUUCUGGUUGGAGAAGAAGAAGAGGCCGACCUUCAGACAGGCGCUGCUGCAACUGCUGCACAGGUCGCGGCCCCUGAUGAACUCUGACCUGACGGUUCUGGUGGUGGGUGGAGUCCAGUGGCUGAAAGUGGAUCAUCUGACGACAAUCGGAGAGGUUCUGGACAGAGAGUCUCUCAGUAACAUCACUGUGGUGGUCAAGUCUCUGGGGAUGGGUUUCCACCUUCCCGUCGACGGCAUCCGGUCUCUGACUCUGAAAGAAGUUCAGGCUCUGUACCAAGAUAACAGAAAUAUCAUCCAGGCUGCGGAGCGUCUUCGGUACGAAGCCAUCGACACCUUCAGCAUGACGAUGGGUCGCUACAAGGAGUUCCUGCAGGGCCGCUGCGCCUGCCACUUCCACGAGGUGGAGAAAUUCUGGUCUCCGAAAUCCCUGAUCCAGCCGAGCUUCACCAUAAAUGGGACCAGACCGGGACCCGGGCUCAGCAGCCAGCCUGCGGCGCCGGACUCAGAACAGGAAGUGGGAUCCAGCCCGCCACGCUACCAUGUGAGAGGACUGGUGAACCAGGUGUACUCCGAGAUCCUGCUGAGCCGCCUCUGUCCCAGAACCAGGGCCUGAGCACCAGAGACCCCUCCAGGACCUGGACUUCAGAGGCGGACAGAGGGCGGUCUGGAAUAGAGGCAGGUACUCUGAAAAAGGGGGCGGGGUCUCUUAAGAGGAGGCUGGGACUCGUGAGGAGGUGGAGUCUUAAAAAGUGGAGGCGGGGACUCUGAACCAGACGGAGAUGCUGUAGCAGAGACUCAGAUUAUGGAGUCUUGUUCUUACUUGGAGGCGGGGCCUCAGGUGAAGGAGGCGGGGCCUCAGGUGAAGGAGGCGGGGGAAAAGGAGGAGCCUCAGGCAGGCACUCCAACGUUGAAGGUGAGGUCUGUGGGGAGGAGGCGGAGCCUGUGGGGAGGAGGCGGGGACUCACCUGCCGUUUCUUAACCAAUGGGUGUACUUCACAUGUUCCGCUGUCCUGGUGUCCGAGCUGAACUGGUUUGUGGAGUACACUCGCUAGUUUCUGUAGUUCUGAUGAACUGCUAGUUCUCAUCAGUCAGUCGCUCCUCUUAACUGAUCAUUCUAAUAACCAAUACUCAGUCAGUACUAAUUACUUUACUCCUCACCCUGCUAACUAAUUACUCUUCUGGCCUUUUAUGCACAUAACCUAAAACAUAACUUAAACCAGUGAGUUUACUCGAUAUGCUGCAGCAGCUCACCUGGAAGCUUUCUGAUCAAUACUAAUUACUAACGGUGGAUGGAAAAAAAAUAGUUUGCAGUGUACUAACCAGUACUAGAACAGACUAAUGUGAAAAGUAUGCUCAUGAUAGUUUUAAGUAAAUAAUACAUUUAAAUUAAAUUUAAUUUCACUACUCUCUUUACUGUCUGUUGUUUAUAUGUUAAUUUUUAAUGUGCAAACUGACUAAGUGGAUAUGAUCUAUAUCACCAUUUUAACCUGCUUUAACUUGAUUGAUUUAUGAUUCCUAUGUCUGGUAUAUAUGUAAUGCUUCUCCUAAUAGUUUCCAGUAAAUAGUGACUACUUUAAAUUAACAUGUGAGUAGUUUCUGACGUUUUAACAGCUAGUUUUAGUUAGUCACAAACUACCAUGUGACUCAAACUAUUAUGCUUUACAUCCUCGUUACUAAAGUGUAACAGCAGCUUUUCAAGUAGCUUGAUAUGCAGUCGUUAACUUUAAAGGACAUUUAGUUGUACAAACUAACUAGUUUUCUGAAAAAAUACUUUAUUGGGUACUAGACAGUUUUUAUGUAAUAGAUGGUGAAAGCCCAUUAUUGUCUCUUGUUCACAUAAUUGUUUCCCAUGUGCUUUAACCAGUUCUAACUAGUAUCUGAUUUGUAGUAACGACGUUCAAAAGCAUGUCAGCAGCUGGUAAUGUAACUAGUUCUCUCUCUGGGAAUUCAUUUAUUUUCUACAUGCUAACUGCUCGUUUGCUGUUCAAUUUAACAUUUACUAAUUAUUAGACAAAUUAACUAUUUUUUUAUUUGAUUUAUUAGUGUAACUUUCACAGUCUUGCCAGAUGAUUUUGUUAGUUCUCAACAGUUAAUUACUAAUGAGGUUAGUUUUUCUUAUAAGUUUAUAAGUUAUACAAAAAACCUUAUAAGUUUUUUUCUUAUAAGUUCUUAUAAGUUUUCUUGUUUUCUUUUUACCGCCUGGUUGCAGAUGCUCUUGAGUUUGUCCCUGGCACAGAACUUAACUAUCUGGUUCUAAAAUACAGCAGUUAAUUGAAGUCCAGUCACUUUAAUUUGUACUAACUACGUUUUGAUUCACAGUCACCGCCUUCUGCUGCACAUCAGCUGCUUCUUAUGAGUAACAACUAGUUUGAUUACUUUUCAGUUGUGGUGUUUGAAGUUAAGUUGAUUAGUAGGAAACAGUUUAGCCACAGUAACUAGAUUCUAAAUUGUAGUGAGGAUUUUUUUUGUCCUAACUGAUUGCAGAUGCAUGAUAACUAAUGCAUGCUGACAUGCUUCUGGUUAACAGUAACCUCUUUUUCAAGCAUGUCUAUUUUAUUGUGUAUUUAUUAGUUUUUAGUUUUUGGCUACCACUUCCUGAUGAGUACUAGUUGUUUCUGUACUAGCACAAACUAGUCUGGGUCAUAGAACUUUCUUAGUAGCUUGUUACUGCGUAUGCUACAAACUAGCGUUAUUUAGUUUUGAGUGAAAGUAACUAGUCACUGAUUAGUCUUCUCGGCUCACCUCACAUUUCCUCUCUGUACAGAUGAAUGAACACUAUAUAUUUAUAUAUAUUUCGAGCUCACAGGAUGCUUAAUGUGUAUAUCAGAUUAUUAUAAAGUUGUACUCUGCACCAAAGACUUGAUAACUUUUUUACACAUAAACCAAAGAUCACAGACUCUUUCUAUGUUUUCUAUAUUUUUAUACAAAUGUUUAUUUGGCCUUUUCUUUCCUUGUUUACAUGCCGGAAAAUAUAUUUUUAUUCGUAUUUAUAUGGACAUAACGUCGCUUGUGACGUUCAGAUUGUGUAUUUUUUUUAUUAUCAGCUGAAAUUAAACACAUUUUGA